AUGUUGAAGAUUGUGGGUGCACUUUUAAUACCAGUCGUCAUCAGUGGCAGUGUCAAUGCAGCAAACGUUGUCUCAGACCUCCUCGUCACCUCUGCUGGCGACGUGGCUGACAUACCUGGAUGGUACCUCCAGUCGGCGCUCAAGGUGCCGGACGACUUGUCCACGUUGUCUUCACCGGGAGCAGACAGCUCUUCAUGGCAUCGGGUCAGUGCUCGUGGUAAUGUAAUGGCUGGUCUUCUGGAAAAUGGGGUCUAUAACGAAACAGAAAUGUUUUAUUCCGACAACAUGGAGUCGAUGAGCGAUACUUCCUUCGAAUCCCCGUGGAUUUAUCGAGAGAUGUUCAAAAUGAGCCCAUCAGAAGGGCAGUAUUUUACUUUGAAGACCCAUGGAAUCACGUCCAAGGCGGACAUCUAUUUGAACGGGAUUCUCAUUGCAACAAGUGACCAACAACAAGGAUCCUACGGUGGCCUCCAGUACGACCUUACCGACCAUAUUCAAGAAGGCGACAAUUGCAUUCUUAUUCGUGCCUUUCCAACUAAUUAUCUUCGUGACUUUGCCAUGGGGUUCGUGGACUGGAACCCCUACCCAGCUGACAACGGCACGGGAGUCUGGCGAAACGUGGAGCUAUCUCAGACCGGAUCGAUUUCCAUGUCUCCAUUUCGACGAGAUGGCUCCGCUGCAGCUCAGAUCUGCGAUACAUUUGAUUUGAAGCCAAAUGAAAAAAGGACAGUUUCGAUCAAAGCUUCGAUUCGGUACCCUGACAUUUGGUGGCCUGCUCGCUGGGGCGGGCAACCCUUGUAUACAAUCCAGGCAGAUACCAUCAUCCAGGGACCUCGAAAACUGGUGUCAGACCGUUCCAGCAGUCAACGAUUUGGGAUCCGACAUGUAUUAUCAAAGUUGAACGGGUUCAAUGACACUGAAUUCACCGUCAAUGGAGAGCCUUUCCAAGUCAUUGGAGCCGGUUAUGGACCAGAUAUCUUCAUGAGAUUUGAUGAGGACAGAGUUGAGAAAAUCUUUACUUACCUGCUAGACAUGGGAAUGAAUACUGUUCGAUUGGAGGGAAAGCAGGAGCACCCGGAACUAUACGAACUAGCAGACCGCAUGGGAGUGAUGGUCUUGGCAGGGUGGGAAUGCUGUGAUAAAUGGGAAGGCUGGGAAUACAAUGAGGAUGCCGACGGCAUCAAAUGGGAGGAUCCAGAUUACCUCAUUGCGAGAGCAUCAAUGUUACAUGAGGUCGAAAUGAUGCAAGCUCAUCCCUCGAUGCUUGGAUUCCUACUGGGCUCAGACUAUUGGCCGGAUGACCAAGCUACAGAAGUAUACCUAGAUGCUCUUCAAGGUAUGGAUUGGUCCAACCCAGUCAUUGCAUCGGCCAGCAUGCGUGGUUACCCGAAGGCUCUAGGGCCGUCUGGAAUGAAAAUGAACGGUCCGUACGAUUGGGUGCCACCGAAUUAUUGGUAUGGCGACCAAGAAGGGGCAGCCUUUGGAUUUGGAUCUGAACUGGGCGCUGGAGUUGGAACCCCUGAGAUGCGCAGUCUGAAGAAGUUCAUUGCUUGGCCAAAUCUGCACUGGCAGUUGUUCGACUACUACCUCAGUCCCAUGGCAGCCUACUUCGGCGCAAAAGUCGGUGCACGCAUGGAACAUGUUGCUUACGAUUACGAAAGUCGGACUGUUUGGCUCAUCAAACACUCGGUCAAGAAUGAAGGACACCGACAGGUUUUGAUAGAUGUCAUUAACACACAAGGAAACAAGCUAUCGGGCACCAAAGUCAACAUCACUACGACCCCUCAUUCAGCAAAGCCAGUGAGCUCAGUUGAUGCACUCCACACAAUCCAAGACGUUGCCUUUCUGCGCCUAAUACUUUGUGAUCCAGAGUCCGACCUGGUCAUCAGUCGCGAUGUCUACUGGGUCUCUCAAACUACGGAUGUUUUAGACUGGUCAAAGUCUAACUUCUUCACCACCCCGGUCACAAAGUUCGCAAAUUAUACGAAGCUUCAAUUCCUACCAGCAGCCAAUAUCAAGGUAUUGCUGCGUCCCCAAAAGUCGACUUCUGCAUAUGGCUUAACUCAGGCAGAGGUCCAGUUGGAAAAUGAAUCCGGGGUGCCGGCAUUCUUCAUUCCGUUGAAUGCUAUUCAUGCAUCCGAAAAUGCAGAGGUUGCACCAGUCUACUGGUGA